AUGUUAAGCUCCGAUUCGAUCAUUCCAAAAGGUUAUUACACCUCUCGCGGCAAGAGACCUCACGCCGAUCAUUCUCCCGAUGGCUGUGGCAUUUUCAAUGAUCAUCCAUGCCAAGAUUUAGAGUCAACCAUAGAUGCUGCAAAAAGUUGUAGCACUGCACCAACUCGCACACAUAUACUUCAUCCAUUAGAAAUUCUCGACAUGUUGGAACAUAUUUUACAAUUCAUUGGUGACGAUGAGUUUUUACAGACUAUGGCAACGUUACGGUGUUGCAACAAGAUUAUUGCUCGAGAAUGUUUGAGUGAAGAGUCCAAACAUCGAUUGUGGAAAGAUCGAUCACUCAAUGUGACUUCCAAACGUUUGGUUGAUUUUGUGUUGAACUAUAUGGUCAAUCAUCGUGAACCAAAAUUUUCAAAUUACAUUACAAGUCAUUCCAAGUUGAAAAUGAAUGUAUGCAAGACUCUUGAUACAAAAACUAUUCAAUUGUGUGAAGCUUUCCGUUCAGUGACUCUUGUUGGAACCUCUUUGAGCAGUCGAUCCAUUAGUGACUUGUUGGGAAGAAGAAGCCACAUUCAAAGUCUCACGUUUGAAAAUUGUCAAUUCACAUAUGGAAAUAGUACCCUUGUCCGUGUAUCGUCUGAAAGAUGGAGAAGCGUUAUUUUAAAUAAUUCUCUUUCAUUGUUUUCGCUUGUUGACAACUUUCCCAAGAAUUUAGAAUCGUUCGAAUGUAAUGAUUUGUUAAGUGAAGAUCAAUUGAAAAAGUUGGAAAACCCAUCUUUUGGUGCUCAAUUGAAAUGUUUAAAGUUGUGGCGUCCAUUCUUCUCGAAUCUGAAUUUUAACAACAACAUUGGAUCCUUUAAAUAUGUUUUGAAAAUUGAGCACAUGUCAGAAUUGACUUCCUUAACCAUUCCUGAGUUGAAUUCCGUUCGUUCCAUUCCCGAUAGUGUCAAACAUUUAAGUCUGUGCAACUGUCAACAAGAAACAUUGAGAGAUGUUAUUAACAAACCACUUUCUCACAUCUCUUCCCUUACCAUUUAUCAAUUGUCAUUGAAACCAGGUUUACCAUUGUCAACCUUAAUUAAGGCCUUUUGUACAGCUUUUCCAAACCUUAAAUAUCUCACUUUGCCAGAAUCUAUUCUUCAUAAUUCCAAGGCCAAUAUUGAUGAGAAAUCUUCUCCUCAUUUACUUGACUCCUCACAAGAUCAGUCCCUAGCAGAACCUUCUGAAUUGUGUAAAAUCACCAUUUUACAUUCUGAAGAAGCAUGGCCCAUGUUUGUGAAUGGUCUUCUCUAUGAGCUGAAUCUUUCAUUCCCUCGAUGCAGAUUCAAGACUUGUUUGGAACUGGUUGCUGUUGGUAAUGAAAGUGAUUGUUUUCAUCGAUCGAACUCAGUCAUUCCAUGGAAUACCUUGUCCAAAAAUGAGAAUAUUGUUGCCAAGACCAUUCAGUUAAGAUAUUUUGAGAAGAUUCAUACAUGGUAUCAACUUUAUCAUGACAACCCUGACAUGAGAAAUCGCAUUGAUGAAAUGAGACAGGACUUGAUCAAAUUAUGUGCUUUUAAGAAUAUUGAUGCUUCCAAACAACAUCAGUUAUCAGAAAUAAUGCUCAAUUUAAAUAUUAAGGUCUUUGAUUUUGAAAGAAUGAAAGUAUUUCUCAAAGACAUUAUUGAUCUGAGAAGAAAACAAUUGAACAUCUUUUUUAACUUUGUUAGCUCUCAUAACUUUGCAGUAUUUGACAAAGCCAGUUGUAUUGUUCAUGAACUAGAGACAUUGCAAGAUAAUUCAGAAGAAAUGAUUAAUAUUUCUUUGAAUAGAAACAACGUCAAUUCAGAUGAUAUUUUUGAAAGAAUUGAAGAGUUGGCGAAUUGUGUCAAGGAAAUGGAGAAUAUCUUAUUGAAUAUCCUCUACGCGACGGCAACUUUAGCUGGCAAGUAA